AUGGACAUCGAUUACACCGAUCCAGGAUUGCAAGCAUUCAUCAUACAACGAUGUGAAGAGGAACGAGAGGGCAACGUCAACGUCAUCAGUCCUCACACUUCGACAAAUUGUGUGGUGAGGCUGGCGGACAAGGUUGCUGUCAAAUUUGGAACUGGUGUCACAGAAGCUGAAGCUGACGCACUGACAUUCGCAUCCCGAAAUCUCGAUCGGGCAAUCAUCAAAGUGCCAUCGGUCUUCCAAUACUUCACACGUCCGGACUCGAUAUGGACGACAGGGUAUCUAGUGAUGGAGCUGGUUGAAGGUGCCUCACUCGAACGGCUACCUCCGGCCGAAGGUGUCCAGCAUGUUGCCCCGAUCAUGCGCGCUGUACAGCAUAUUCACGGUUUCUGCGGUGCUCGUCCUGGCCCUCUUGACGGCAGCCGUACGCGAGGCUUGGUGUUCGGCGAGUCUGGCAUCGGCCCGCCUCUCAACUCACGCGAGCAUCUCCAGAAAUUUUUUGACUUCAUGAUGGAAAAGGCCAAGGCGGAUAUCACUGUUGAUGCGACGAACAUGCCUUUAUCUCUAUGCCAUCUCGACAUCCAUCCCCACAAUUUCAUCGUCGCCCCAGAUCAGUCGAUCUACCUGUUGGACUGGAGGUGUGCGGGCUUCUACCCUGCUGCCUUCGAAACUUGGUCCAUUCUGUCGGAGAACCUUGUCCGGAAGAACACGUUCAUGUAUGCUCUGGGGCAACACCUCGCCAGUUGCACUUCACCCGCCGAAAUGGCGCUGGCUGAAACGCUCGUGCGAGCGAACCUAGAACACAGAAACCGAGCGAGGAAAAUCCCGGAUCCGGGGAACAUGAACUUUCCUCCUCUCGCGCAGAGAGAGUCGGGCCCCCCGACGAACCGGUUCCUCGUUGAUCUCUUUGGAAACGACGUCAAUCCUAGUGGUAGCUCGGAUCCUACUAGUGUCCUGAGACGCAUACUCUCAGCUGAACCAUUGCCACCGGACAUAGCCGCGGCGUCGAGAGCAUCAGGUCGGCAAGAAGGACCAUCAGACAUCAUCACACGCAUGCUCAUGGCUGAAGGGUUCGGACGGGGAAACGGCCCGCCGCCGGGGCCGCCGGAGAUGAGAGGUCCGCUACCUCCGCCACCCCCAGGCAUGGGCCCGAGAAAUUAGGCCUUUUGUUUCCCCCAUCGGCUGUCUGCAUCCGUUGGGACGCCAUGGAGGUCAUCAAGGGCAGCCCAUCUCCUCUGUCAUCAAAAGGAACAUUGACGCGGCAAGUCGUCCAGGGUCAGGGAAGGGAACACCUUUGGUUUUUGCUCGGAGCUGGUUCUGUGUUUCGCCAUGUCUCUCUCUCGGGUCAGAAUUCCCAAUUUCGGCGCUCUUCUCGAUGGCA